GGAACCAGCAGGCAAUAAUGGUUCUGUCUAUUCCUUCGAUGAGGAAUGGGACGAUGACUCCGAUGAUGGAAAGUCGACAGGCGGCUAUGGAGGCUCACAGGUGGAAGAGGGCGGAACCAUGCAGCGGGGCGGGGGUCACUCUACUAUGAAAUUAGCCCUCAACAAGUUCCCAGGGUUCUCUAAGACUCCAAAUCCAGAAGUGUAUCUGCUUACCAAGCACAUAGCUAAAGGAGAUGAAAGACUGCCAAUUUAUACGGGUGAGGUGGGUCCUGUAUGGUUGUAUCCACAAACUCAGUUAGAUUGUGUAGUGGCUGAUCCCAAAAAGGGGUCAAAAAUGUACGGCCUGAAGAGCUACAUUGAAUACCAGGUCACACCUAAUACUACUAAUAGACCGGUCAAUCACAGAUACAAACACUUUGACUGGUUAUACGAGAGGCUCGUGGAGAAGUUUGCCUGUGCUCUGCCAAUCCCAUGUCUACCUGACAAACAAGUUACAGGCCGAUUUGAAGAGGAAUUUAUCAAAAUGCGCAUGGAACGCCUGCAGGGCUGGAUGUCCCGCAUGUGCCGGCAUCCAGUGAUCUCAAACAGUGACGUUUUCCAGCUCUUCCUUAACUACAGAGACGAGAAGGAGUGGAAACUAGGGAAGCGGAGAGCAGAAAAAGACGAAACCGUGGGAGUGAAAAUCUUCUUCAACAUAGAUCCAGAUCUCCCAGAGUUAGAUCCUGCUCAAGUGGAGCAGAAAUAUGAAAUGUACAGCCAGUUUACUAGAUCCAUGGACAACAGUGUUAAAGAACUACUGGCUGUUGGGCAUCUUCACUGGAAGAGAUGUACAGGCCCAUUACAAAAGGAGUAUCGGCAGAUUGGAAAAGCAUUUCAGAACCUUUCAUCAGUUUUCAACACUAGUGCAUACAACGGGGAAUCAACUUUGACAGAAGCAUUGACUGCAACAGGAAAAACGUAUGAGGAAAUAGCAGAAAUCGUUGCAGGACAGCCGAAAAAAGAUCUACACUUCCUGAUGGAAACAAACCUUGAGUACAAGGGUCUACUGGGCUGCUUUCCUGACACAAUAACAGUUCACAAGGCUGCCAUCGAUAAAGUAAAAGAGGCUGAUCAUUUGGUGGUGAUGAAUAAGAUUAGCCAACAAGAUAAACUCAUCAUGGAAAAGAACCUCAGCACCAUGUCUUACGCAUUGCAAGCGGAGAUGAAUCACUUCCAUAGCAACCGUAUCUAUGACUACAACAGACUCAUGCAGUUCUACCUGGAGGAACAGGUGAAGUUCUAUGAAACGAUUGCUGAAAAGCUGAAGAAAGCGCUUGGACAUUAUACCACCAUGUGAGGACUCGCUCUGAACGUCAAUACUCAUCAAACUGUGUCGAUUCUGUGGAGUUUUAAAACAGGAUGCUGCUUUGGCUUUUUUUUAUGUUAAUACACAACUAACCAUAUUGUUUCCAUAAAAUUCUGUAUUGCUGCAUUGUGGCAUCUGUAAAAUACAGGUUAUAAGGGAACAAACUAUUUUUGAUGUGCAGAAUAUCAUUUACCAAAUAUUUUGUUCACAGAAAAAGGUGAAAUACAAAUCUUAAUUGUUAUUUAAGCUAAUGUAACACUCCCCGACGUAAAAAAAACAAAACAAAAAAAAACAAUAGUUCGUACAAAAAUUUUAAUUUGGUAAAAUUAUCUGCUCACUCUCAGGCCAACCACGAUAUAGGUGAGUUUGUUUCUUCAUCAGAACUAAUUUGGAGAAAUUUAGCAUUAAAGUAUAUCACUUGCUUUUACUUCACAAGACAUUAAUUGAUGAACUUGAGUGAUGUGGAUACUGAAUUAUCAGCUGUUUGGAGUUUUAUUCUGACGGCACCCAUUCACCGCAAAGGCUCCAUUGGUGAACAAGUGAUAAAAUGCUACAUUUCUAAACUUUUUUGCUUUAAGAAAUAAACUCCUCUCCCGUACAUCUUGGAUGGCCUGACGGUGAGUACAUUUUCAGUAUUUUUUUUCUUUAUGAGUAAACUACUCCCUUAAGACAUUUAAUUUUAUUUAUGUAAAUUGAGGUCUCUCAGGGUCAUGUUCACUUAGACUGGGCCAUCUAAACCAAAUGAGUUUAUUAACAUCUUAAAUUGUCUGACAUGAUUUUAUUUUCUUGUGGUAUGUGAAACUUAAUAUGACAGAUGUUUAGUGGUAUGUAUUGGAUAAAAGCAAUAAGGACAUUGUCUUUUACCUGUGGUAAAAUUUUCUAUGCAAAACAAAACUAAAAAUGUCUCAUUGUCACACUCAGUGUAUAAAAUGUGUUUUUAACUAGCCAUUCAGUGUGUAAUAAAUCUUUCUUUAUACCUUUCCAA